AGCCGGUCCCCCCUAUCGUUGCCCCUCAGCACAUGGCCCAUGGAAACGCCUGACCCGCACGCGGGCGCUGCGGCGAACGGGCAGGACGCAGAGGCGAGCGACCAGGCUCCGCGCUUGGCGGCGGGCGCCGGGGCCUCUCUGGGCGGCGCUGGCGCCCCCGCAGGCGCCGGCGCCGGCGACUGCGGCGACGACGACGACGCCAGGACCGUCAGCAGCAGCUCCUCGGAGUCGGUCCGGCUGGAGGCCGCGUGGGCCCGACGGCAGGGCGACGGCGGGAGCGGCGGCGGGAGCGGCGCCGAGGAGGCGGCCGAGCUCCGCCGCGCCCCCGCCGACGCGCCCGCGGGGGCCGCUGGCGCCUCGGCCGGUGUGGGCGGCGCGGCCGCUGCGGGCGUCUCUGUCGGCACGGGCGGCUCUGCCAGCUCGGCCAGCCUCGGCGGCCCCACCGGCGCCCUGCGCCUUGUCGCUCGGGCGGCGGUGCCCGCGGCGCCCGCCGCGCCUGCGCGGGCGGGCCGCGGCGGCGCCGAGGGCGAGUCCGCCGGCGCACCGCUGCUCAGCUUCUACCUGGGCCCUAACACGGAGAGCGACCUCGGUGCCUCCUUCCGCCAGAGCGACCGAGGGCCGUGGCCUGUGGCCGGGCUCGUGGAGGGCGGGUGGGCGCAACGGAACGGCGUGCACGUCCAGGACCAGCUCUGCCGUGUCAACAACAGGGACAUGGAGGGCCUGUUGCAGCCGGAGGUGCUGGCGGCCCUUGCGGCAAGGCCCCUGAUGCUGUCCUUCGCGCGCAGCCUCGAAGGAGGGAGGCAGCUGACAGCCGGCGCGCUCCGGGUGCACGCGGCGGCGCAGCAGCGCCACGAGAGGCAGCGCGUGCCGGGCGAGGCCCGCGGUGCGGAGCGCGGCGUGGAGCGCCCUGCGGGCGGCGGCGGCGCGGUGGGCAGCGGGGCCGCGGCGGCGGGGCGUCUGCCCGCCCUGCGCCGGGGGCGGCUGGGCUGGGCGGGGCUGGGCCUCGAGGACGCGGCGCUGCCCGACGCCGAGG